UUUGCAAAGCAGUCCCAUGUGAUAUCUGCUAUGCCUAGCAAUGUCAUGGGUUAAAAUUAGAACUGGACUGGCAUUGCAUUUCACUGUCUGUAUCAGAGACAGACAUUAGUAACGCAGACAAGAUUCACAACUUCUCUGCUCUUGCACAGAAAUCAAUGAGUUAUGGGAAAAUCUGUGAAUACAUCUAGUAAUUUAGCUCAUAGGAAUUAUAAUGACGAUGAUGAUGGCAAUUAGUGUGCUAUUCAAAAGUAGAGCCCUAUCACUGCACCGGAAUGAGUAAGAAUCAUGACUGAAAUGGCACCAUGCAUUGGAUCGUUCUCUGCUGUUAAGACACUUUGGGAAGUGAGAAUUCAGAAAAUAAAUGAAGAACUACGGAAGGAGAAGGAAUUCAGACAGAGGGCUAUAGGCAGACUGACACUUGAAUGGGAAGAAAGAGUCAAUUUAGCCAAGCUCAAAGAAAAAGUCAUCACUGAAGCUGGAAGGGUUAUAUUAAAGAUAGAACAAGAAGAAUGGAAGAUGUUACCUUCUUGCUUACUCAAACUGAACCACCUCCAGGAAUGGCAGAUUCACAGAACUAAUUUGGUGAAAAUUCCUGAAUUCAUUGGAAGGUUUCAAAAUCUCAUUGUGCUGGACCUAUCCCGAAAUGCCAUUGAAAAGCUACCAAAAGAGAUUGGCCAGCUACCUAACCUCCAAGAGCUGCUUCUCAGUUAUAAUAAAAUUAAGUCUGUUCCCAAAGAGCUAAGUAACUGCAUCAGCCUGAGAAGACUGGAACUGGCUGUCAACAGGGAUAUCUGUGACCUUCCACUUCAGCUCAGUGAUCUAAAGAAGCUUUACCAUGUAGAUCUGAGUAUGAACCAGUUUACUGCCAUCCCUUCAGCUCUCCUGAACAUGCCAAGUCUAGAAUGGCUAGACAUGGGGAGCAACAAACUUCAGCAACUCCCCGAUACCAUUGACAGAAUGGAGAACCUACAUACUUUAUGGCUCCAACGGAAUGAAAUAACCUAUUUACCAGAAACCAUCAGUAAUAUGAAAAAUCUGAACACUCUUGUUCUCACCAACAACAAACUUCGGGAUAUUCCUGCUUGCAUGCAACAAAUGACAAAUCUCAGAUUUGUCAACUUCAGAGACAACCCACUGGAGCUGCAAGUAAAUCUUCCCCCAUGUGAGAAUCCUGAAGAGGAGGAGGAACAGGAACUAUUUGGUAUUCAGUUUAUGCAUAUGUAUAUUCAAGAGUCACUCAGCAGAGCAGAAAACCUGGAAAACUGUACACCUGUUGCUUCAGCCACCACUAAUAAUAAUGAAUAAAAUAAUUAACCUGCCAAACUGAGCUUUUGUAAUUGGAGAAAAACAAAUUCUACUUCUGAACAGAGAAAAUGCUUUUGUAGGUACAGAAAGACUAAAUUUAUUUUGUAAAAGUACUGGAUCGGUGAAUAAGGUUUUUAAAAUAUCCAGGUGUUUUGUAGAGUUCUGUAUCCUGCUCAUUCCAAAUCUGUCUCCUAUUACAUAGUUGGUUGGAGUACUGAACAUUGACUUGGUUUAGCUGUCAAGAGUACAUUCUCCAAGGAAACAGUAGAAUCUGUAUAGUACUGUAAUUCAGCAUUGUACCCUCUUUGUUGUAAAUAUCUGAUCCGUCCAUGGUCAA